GGCGCGUUUAGUCAAUCAGAAGAACAUCCGCGGGAACAGGGAUGGAGACUCGCGCUGCUGUUUAACGGCUCCGAGUCAUUCUAAGGGCUUUAUAACGCUCGCGCUGAUUUCUGAUGAUCUUUCCCAUUCACCCGGAGCGGAUUGAUUGAUUGAUUGACUAAUAACGGGAUUUUGCGGUGAUAUUGAUAAUGAUGGGCUGCGUCACUGGAGAUAUUCCUCUCAUCAUUGGGCUCUAUAUUCUCACCUGUUUCUCCACAACACACGGCGCUGAUCCACUGCAAGGUUUUGUGGAGUUGCGUUUCGUGUUGGAGCCCGAGGAUGUGGUGACAGUUCGUGGUGGCGUCCUGCAGCUGGACUGUGAGGUGCGAUCAGAUCAGGCCAUUCCCGUCAUCGCGUGGAAGAAGGACGGCGUUCUCUUGAGCGCGGUGGUGGACGAGCGUAGACAGCAGCUCUCAAACGGAUCGUUACUCGUGCAGAAUGUCGUCCACUCGAGACACCAUCGGCCGGACGAGGGAGCGUACCAGUGUCUCGCCACGUUGGAGGGGAUCGGUGCGAUCGUCAGUCGAACGGCCAAAGUCACCGUGUCUGGUCCUUUACGGGUAGUGGUCCCCACCGAGUCGGUCUCCACCCACCUGGGCGACACGGCUCUGCUGCGGUGUGAGGUCACAGGUGAACCCAUGCCUGUGGUGCGCUGGCAGAAAAACAGAGAGGACCUACCCUUGACCUUUGACCCUGACAGCAGAGUGGUGGUGCUGCCGUCAGGCUCUCUGCAGGUCAGCAGGGUGCAGCCGCCUGACUCGGCCACCUACCGAUGCUUGGCAGAGAACCCUGGCAGUGCCCGCACGGGCACAGACGCCGACCUGCGCGUGCUUCCUGAGCCUGGAGUGUCGAGAGGUCUGAUGUUCCUCCAGAGGCCUCAGAGGGUUACGGCUCUUCAGGGCAGUGAUGCCGUUCUUGAAUGUUCCGCCUCCGGCUACCCGAACCCAUCCUUCUACUGGAUGAGAGGAAGUGAACUCAUACAGAGCAGGUCAAAGAAAUAUUCUCUCCUGAGCGACAGUAAUCUGUUGGUUAGCAGCGUCACGGACGAUGACUCUGGAACCUACACCUGCGUCGCCCAAAAUAAACAGCAGAACAUCUCCGCGUCCUGCGAGCUGUCAGUGAUCGUGCCUCCCCAGUUCCUGAACUAUCCGUCCAACAUGUAUGCGCACGAGAGCACCGACAUCGAAAUGGAGUGUGCCGUGACAGGAAACCCGCAGCCCACCGUCCGCUGGGUGAAGAACGGCGAGGUCGUCAUUCCCAGCGAUUACUUCCAGAUUGUGGACAGUGGAAACCUGCAGAUUCUGGGUCUGGUCCGGUCUGAUGAAGGAUUUUAUCAGUGUAUUGCAGAGAAUGAAGCAGGAAACAGUCAGGCGAUAGCUCAGCUCAUACUGCUGCAGCCUGUUACCCCGAGCUCAGGCGCCCUCCCCUCCGCUCCCCGUGAUGUGGCCCCUGUCCUUGUGUCCAGCCGCUUCGUGCGCCUCGGAUGGCGCCCGGAGGAGCCGCGUGGGACAGUUGUAACAUACGGAGUCUUCUUCUCUGAGGAGGGCAUCAACAGGGAACGCUCCAUUAAUGUGACUGAGGUGGAGAGUUUGCAGUUAACGGUGAAUAAUCUGAAGCCAGAGGCCACAUACUCAUUCAGAGUCAUUGCUUACAAUGAGCAGGGACCAGGAGAGAGUUCAGAGGUCAUCAGACUGUCCACACAACCUGAGCUUCUGGUUCCUAGUCCAGUGGAAAACCUCAGAGCAGAAGCGACCUCCCCGACCGCCAUCCAGGCCUUGUGGGACCCUCCGGCACAUGCCAACGGCCCCGUUCAGAGUUAUCGCCUGCUGUGGACUGAGACUUCAAGCGGUAAAGAGCAGAAUGUGGAGGUGGUCGGUCAAAGCUACAGGAUGGAGGGGCUAAAGAAAUUCACAGAGUAUUCUUUACGAGUGCUGGCAGUGAACCGGCACGGUCCCGGCAUCUCCGAUGAAGCCACGCUCAUCACUACGCUGUCAGAUGUGCCCAACGCUCCACCACAGAACAUCUCACUGGAGGUGGUUUACUCACGGAGUAUUAAAGUGAGCUGGCAGCCGCCUCCUCCAAACACACAGAAUGGAUUCAUCACUGGAUACAAGAUCCGUCAUCGGAAAACAGGCCGGCGAGGUGAACAGGAAGCCAUUGAACCCAACAACCUCUGGUACUUGUUUACAGGACUCGAGAAAGGCAGUCAGUACAGCUUCCAAGUCGCAGCCAUGACGGUGAACGGGACGGGACCGAACAGUGAUUGGAUCACAGCCGAGACACCUGAGAAUGACCUAGAUGAAACUCAAGUUCCAAACCAGCCGAGCUCUUUACACGUGCGUCCACUGCCCAACAGCAUCAUCAUGAGCUGGACGCCUCCACUGAACCCUAACAUCUUAGUACGGGGUUACAUCAUCGGCUAUGGGGUCGGCAGUCCGUACGCCGAGACCGUGAGGGUGGACAGCAAACAACGAUAUUUCUCUAUAGAGAACUUGGAGCCCAGUUCUCAUUACGUCAUAUCUCUGAAGGCCUUCAAUAACGCUGGUGAAGGAGUUCCCCUCUAUGAGAGCGCUGUCACCAGAUCAAUGUCAGACCCCUCUGAUCCAUCAGACGAUGAUUUGUUCCAUCUGUUUGAUAAAUUCCCCACCCCCAUCCCAGACGCGUCCACGCCCAUGAUUCCUCCUGUAGGUGUGCAGGCGGUGGCUCUCACGUCAGACUCUGUGCGGGUCAGCUGGGCUGAUAACUCCAUUCCAAAGAACCAGAAGUCCUCUGAAGUGCGGUAUUACUCCGUCAAGUGGAAGACCAGCCACUCCACCAGCGGCAAAUACAAGUCAGCUGACACUACAGCUCUGAGUCACACAGUCACCGGUCUGAAGCCAAACACCAUGUAUGAAUUCUCUGUCAUGGUAACAAAAGGCCGUAAAUCCAGCACGUGGAGUAUGACAGCACACGCCACCACAUACGAAGCAGCACCGAGCUCCGCCCCAAAGGAUCUGACUGUGAUUGGCCGAGAGGGACGACCGCGAGCCAUUCUCAUUAGCUGGCAGCCACCGCUGGAGGCCAACGGACGAAUCACAGGUUAUAUCAUUUAUUACACUCUGGAUAAGAACAUGCCGAUUGAUGAUUGGGUGAUGGAGCCCAUCAGUGGAGAUCGUCUCACUCAUCAGGUCAUGGAUCUGAAUCUGGACACUGUGUACUACUUCCGUAUUCAGGCCAAGAACGCUAAAGGAGUUGGGCCGCUGUCAGACCCCGUGCAGUACAGGACGUCUAAAGUUGAGCAUCCUGACAAGAUGGCCAAUGAUCAAGGUCGUCAUGGAGACAGUGGAUACUGGCCCUCUGAUAAUAACCUGAUUGACAUGAGCAGUCUGAACGAGCCUCCGAUUGGUCAGAUGCGGCCGCCGCAUGGCAGCGUGACCCCGCAGAAGAACAGCAACCUGCUGGUGAUCAUCGUUGUUUCCGUGGGAGCCGUUACCGUGGUAGUGGUGGUCAUCGUCGCGUUGAUCUGCACUCGCCGCUCAUCUGCGCAACAGAGGAAGAAACGUGCGACUCACAGCACCGGUAAGCGAAAAGGCAGCCAGAAAGACCUGCGACCUCCUGACCUCUGGAUUCACCACGAGGAGAUGGAGUUGAAGAACAUGGAGAAGCCCUCAAUCUCCGCCCCCUCCGGUCACGAGUCACCAAUCCCAAGCGUCCAGGAGAUCACUCCUGUCAGCCACAGCCAAUCAGAGAGCCAGAUGGGCAGCAAGAGCAGCCACUCAGGUGCAGACGGCGAUGAAGCUUCCAGCAGCAUUUCCACAUUAGAGCGAUCGUUAGCUGCCCGAAGGGCAACACGCAACAAGAUGAUGAUUCCCAUGGACUCUCAGCCCAGCAACACACCGGUGGUGAGUGCCAUCCCUGUGCCCACGCUGGAGAGCAGUCAGUACCCGGGCAUCUUACCCUCGCCCACCUGCGGAUUCAACCCUCACCCUAAAUUCACCCUGAGGCCGAUGCCCUUCUCCACACUCACCGUGGACCGAAGUUACGCCGCCGCGAUGUCAGCGGAGGGCGGAGCUUCAAUCCCAACCCAACAACAACCAAAACCUCUGAUUCCCACAGCGCAGUCGGAACCGUCGGUGUCGGAAGAGAUUCCCAGCCGCACCAUCCCGACCGCAUGUGUGCGCCCCACUCACCCACUGCGCAGCUUCACCAACCCCCUUCUGCCGCCACCCAUGGGCACCAUCGACCCAAAGGUCUACACACCCAUGAUGGCCCAGACAGGUGGCAGUUUACCCAAACCGCAGGUGAAGACCGCAUCACUGGGGCAGGCUGGGAAGGCGAGGUCACCAUUACUGCCCGUCUCUGUACCGACUGCCCCCGAGACUGGCGAGGAGGGGCAGAAACCAGACGACCCGUCAAGUGUGUAUGAGCAGGAUGAUUUGAGCGAGCAGAUGGCGAGUCUAGAAGGUUUGAUGAAGCAGCUGAACGCCAUCACGGGUUCAGCUUUUUAACACACGCUUGUCCAGAACCCGUGCGGAGGAACCAGCACCUGAAACCAGGAACUCUCAGACUGUCCAGUGUUGACGUUCCUUUCACCCGGCCUUCAUCUGCUCAUCCAUGGAAGACCUGAAACAGGACACAAAAAGGGAAAAUGACAGACUCGAAUGGAGCGCCUCUUACGUUGUAUGGAAUUAUAAACAAAUGUUGUCGCGUUGGCACCCUUCAGCCUAUUUGAUCUCCAUCCCGCUAAAAACCGAAGUCCGCUCUGAAAAAGCCGAAUCCUCGCUGACUCCGGUUUCUCCGCAGGUUUCAGGCCAGGCUUCGUGUGGAUCCAUCCAAAUGUACACAUUUAAGAAUCUGCCGUUGGAAGCACCUCUCAUUGGACUAUUCGACGUCUAGGAUGGUUACAGAACUGGAUCCAUUUCUCUGCCUCAGAACUUUUCCAAAUAUCUUGUUGAGUUGCCAAAAUAGAAGUCUUCAGUCACGUCUUGCCGAUCAAUUGCUGCCACGAUCCCUUAAAAUACACCUCACUCUGUGGAUGAUAUAUUCAUUCCUGGGCGAGGAGAUUUCGGUGGAAUAAUCGGUUUGUCUUGGACACAGAAACAUCGUCACUCUUUCAAUAUUUCAUGAGUUUUGGACGAGUUUUGGGAGAAUGGAAAAGGUUUUGGUCAUGCGUAUUUUAGUUUAGCGAUGGUAUUUUUACAUCAACAAAUGACGCUGAAACCGUUUGCCUAGUUUGUUACGUACUGACCCCUGGAAUGCCCCAAUCAGAGGGUGUGAAGCGCGCCUGCGGACGAGUGAAUUACCGAUGAGGGUACGAAGAGGAUCGGUCACAUCGACACCGUAAAUUCAACAGAGAGACGUGCUGCUUUGUUAAAAAUCAUAUUUUUCCGUUUCUGUUCACGUUUAAACCCUUUUUGUUUUGUGUGGGAGAGAAAAAGAGACAUUUUGAUGUGCCUAUAUACUGUACAGUAUAUAUACAUAUGUUUUGUUUACUUUUUAUUUAUUUACCAUGUGACAAAUGUUGCUUAAUUCCACGUAUCUUAACCUGCGAGACAAAAAAUAUUACGCAGUUGCAAGGUAAAGAGGAGAGAAGCGGUCAGAUUUUCCCACUAUAGGAAGAUGGACAUGUCCCUAUAUUUGAUAUUUUUCUCGAGCAGUAUGUGUGUGUUGCCAUGGAGAUGAAAUGAAACACUGUAGCGACACGUGAAAAUAUGCUGUUUUUUACUGUACAGUUCCAGAGAGCAAUUGCUGGUGACAUUAUGGACUCGGGUGCGGGUGGGCGUCACAUUUUUACUGAUAUAUUUAAUAUAUAUGAUUUAGAGCGUUCCUUUCACAUUCAUUUAUAAGGAUGAUGUGAUGAAUUCAUUCUAAAGCUUUUAUGGAACCCAUUAGGGAAGUAACAAAUGGAGAAUUCCAUUUUGGAAUUCUGGGAACGGCCUCCGGAAUCUCACUGUGUUUUUGAAACUGUCCCGAUCUGAACUAUGUUUGCUUCGGCAUCGUCUCACACACACCUCUUUGGUUGUCCAGCGUUUAGUGGGUCAUGGCAGUUGUGCGGAUUACGACAUCACGGGCAAACAGGACGAGACGCGUCUGAACGCGAAGAACACCGGCAACGUUAUUUCGCACUCGUACGUUUGCUUCAUAGUCCUACAUUUGUCUUUCUCGCUGUGAAGAAUUAAAAUGUCUCCUUUUAGGGAAGAGUGCUGUCAUCACUUACUCACCUUUAUGUCGUUUCAAACCCGAAUGACGGACUUUCUUCCAUUAAACGCAAAAGGAGAAGAAUCUUUAUUCAGCUCUUUCCCAUACAACAAUAGCUCAACCAGGGCGGGAAUGGGAAGAGAAAUCGGCCCGGGAUUUUACAUGCCAACUGGCCCAAAAUGGGGGAGGGGGGGCAGGGGGGGUUUCGCUGUCCUUGUCUGCAUAUCACGGCGGCAUUUUGUGGUCCGUUCUGCGUAACGCCAAGGCUCGUUUUUGCUUAACACAGCCCAUUCGCCAUAUUUCGCCGGCCGGCCCGCUCGGUUCUCCAUAUGGCCAGUCCGCUCCAAAGUGCGUCUGCCCACCGGGACAAUACCUGGAAUGCCAGAUUACCAGUCCAGCUGUGAGCUCAACUGUAAUAAAAGGACCAACAACCACCAUUAAAGUAUCAUAAAAGUAGUCCAGUAGUAUUUUAACACAAAAGUAUUUGAAUACAAUUUCCGGUGCAUAACGACUUCAAUUUGGGGCUGUUCCUUACAUUUAUAAAGCGCUUUUCUAGGCACUCAGUGGGUUCACAUAGUAUAGUGGGACUCUCCUCAACCACCACCAGUGUGCAGAAUCCACCUGGAUGAUGCGACGGCACCCAUAGUGCACCAGUACGCCCACCACACACCAGCUAUUGGUGGAGAGGAGAGAGUAGAGUGAUGUAGCCAAUUCAGGGAUGGAGAUUAUUAGGAAGCCAUAAGAGAUAGAAGGGCCAAUGGGGGGAUUUUGGCCAGGAUACCAGGGUUACACACUUACUCUUUACCAGGAGUGCCCUGGGAGAGUCAGGACCUCGGUUUAACAUCUUAUCCGGCACUAUACUGGGGCAUUAGGACCCACACAGACCACAGGUUGAGCACCCCCUACUGGCCUCCCUAAUAUCUCUUCCAGAAGCAACCUUAGGAGGUCCCCCAUCCAGGUACUGGCCAGACUCAACCAGUCUUGAGUAACAGGGUGAUAUGACCGCUGACACAGUAGCUUCUUGACAGUCAUGGUCACUACGAACAGUCUAGAAAAGAGCUACGUAAAGAUUCUUCAAAAAUUCUCCUUUUAUGUUCCAUGGACAUACGAGCAUACGAGUUUGGAACGGCUUGAAGGCAAGUCAGGUAUUGACUGAAUGUUUGGCUGAACUAUUCCUUUAGUUCUGCGGUCACACCCCUCUCAAGAACGAAGACAGUUGAGAAGACAGAGAACGGGCCGAUGUGAUGGAUUAAUCGAUAAUCAAUUUGUCAUUGAAAAACGUUCAUAGUGAUGUUACGGAAACAACCUGAUAGAGAAUAACCAAUUAGUCAAGUUAAAGGGAUAGUUUACCCACGACUUUCUUUCUUCUGCAGAACACAAAUGAAGAUUUCUAGAAGAAUAUUUCUGCUCUGUAGGACCAUACCAACUGUGCCGCACAAGCCCUCAAAAGUGAAGCCAAAACGUCUCGAUCGCCCCCCGGUGGCUGCUCCUAGUAUAGGUCAUAAACCCCGCCUCCUCAUGUUAUUCAACGGGACGUGAGAUCAACUAAACAAUUAAAUUACACUUCACAUAUCUUUUUUCCAAAGAUAGUUUCUGUCAUUUACUGUCGUUUCUAUCACGCUGAUGUCAUUUCAAGUGUUUGUUUUCAAAAUAAGUUUGUUUUUAGUUAUUUGAUGCUAUAAAAACGCUGCUGUGACAUCAUGAUUGACAGCUGUGAUUGACAGGUUCUCAGAGCGAAGUAGUCACUGAAGCACCAACUGACUUUUGUUCGGGAUCUUCGGAGGACUGAGGAGAUUGGAGCUUUAAAUUUAAUAUCUAAAUUUUUAUAAUUAAUUAUUUCACACUGUCAUAAGUCAAAAGGGGCGUGUGCUUGCGAUUGAUUCAGUGAGAGUGAGGGCGGGGCCUUGAUUUCGCGGCUUUACUUCCUGCUCACUACUGCGCAGGUCUGGUCCCGAAAUCGCAACUGCGCAGACUCAAGUCCCAAGAUGUCAGCGCCAUAUCGGGACACUGGCGGCUUCAGUUCUCACCAAUGGAAAAGAGCGAAGGGGCGUCGUCCAUCUUUUUUUACAGUCUAUGGUCCAUACAAUGCAAGUCAAAGUUCUGGUCACCAUUCACUUGCAUUGUAUGGACAUGCAGAGCUGAGAUAUUCUACUAAAAUCUUCACUUGUGUUCUGCUCAAGCAGGAAAGUCAUUCAUAUCUGGGAUAUCAUGAGGGUGAGUAAAUGAGGAGAGAAUUUUCAUUUUUGGGUGCACUGUCCCUUUAAGAAUGGCAAAUGUGGAGAUAAAUGAGCAAAUGCAUUACACGUUGUUUUCUACACAUUCAUGUUGAUUCUGUCAGACUUAUGAAAAUACAAGAGAAAAAAAAAAUCAUUUUUACGUGUAUGUUGACUUCAUCCUUAACUUGUCCAAUUUUAGCCUUGUUAACCAAAUUAGAGUAGUCAUUGAAAUAUGAAGAACAUUU